AUGGACUUGAUGGUGGAGGAGAUGACUGGGGGAGAGAGCGGGAAGUCGACUCCCAAGGCUAAAGACCAAGGGAAUUUGUCGCUGAUGGCCCUACCCGGGUCGGAGGACUUCGAAGACGACGGAGAGGAGGAGAAGCCCGAAAGCACCUUGAACGUUUCUGCGUCUACCGAGAGCUCACCUAAGAUACGCUGGAAAGAGGACAGUGAACUCGUUGCCAUGGUCGUAUUCGAGAAGAACGAGCCCUUGUGGGAUACCGUCGCGUGA